AUGCUGUGCUGUCCAGGCAACCCCGGUGGCGUGGCAGACGGUGAACGAGCUAGCGUGCGGGACGGCAGCGCGAUCCUGUCGGCCGGCCGCGACGGCUCGAUCCAGCUGUGGGAGAUGCGCGCCAAGCCGUACCAGCCCGUGCAGCUGGCGAUGCGCGCCACGCCGCGCUCCGAGUACAUCGCAGACAUCAGCAAGCCGACGUCGGCGGCGCGCGCGGCCCAUGCGGCGGGAGAGGACAUCUCGAGCCUCACCUGGCGGAGGGACGGCGUCACGUUCGCCUCCCGCUCGACGGAUGGGUGCCUCAAGCUGUGGGACACGAGGCGGCUCGACGCGCCGCUCGCCGCGUGGGGCGACUUGCCUGCGCUGCUGCCGAUGACGGGGUGCGACUUCUCGCCCGACGGCUCGGUGGAGGUUGACGGCGCGAGCGUGGUGCCGCUGCUGUGGCACCCGCGGCUCAACCAGAUCGUGAUCGGAAACGCCGACGGCAAGGCGUACACGCUGUAUGACCCGACCGUCUCCGAGAAGGGCGCCCUCUUCUGCUCCGUCAAGGCGGCGCCCAAGCGCGGGAUGCUCUCCUACUCGGGCGAGGGGUUCUCAAAGGCGAUGCAGAUCAUCACGCCGCACGCGCUGCCAAUGUACCGCGAGGAGAACGACGACCACCGCAAGAAGCGCCAGAAGGACCGCGCGGACCCGCUCAAGUCGCGGAAGCCGGAGCAGGUGCUGACCGGUCCGGGCCACAACGGCAAGCUCAGCGUCGGCUACCAGCAGGCGCUGCUCGCGACCAUGUCUGGAGGCACGUCCGGCCUCACCGGCACAAAGGACAAGAUCGCCGCCUUCCAGAACGAGGACCCGCGCGAGGAGCUGCUCAAGUACGCAAAGAUCGCCGAGGAGCAGCCGCUGUACGUCACGCCCGCCUACUCUCACAACCAGCCGACCGGCGCCGACCCGACGGCGGGCACGUACCCCAAGUUCGCAAAGACGGUGGAGGCGGAGGAGGAGGGCGAGGACGAGGACUGAGAGCCCGCCCGC